CUGAGGCGGCGGCGUCCGGGCGGCCUGGUCCCACCGGUUCCCACCGGUUCCCACUGGUUCCGACCCGGUUCCGACCUCGUGAGACUUGGCCCUGCCACAACCUAGGCUUCCACUCUGCGUUUGGCUAGGAUGCGAUCAGUCGAUCAAGCGUAUUUACGAGAAUGACUACCCUUCAGGAGUCGGUCUCAGUUAUGAUCCGGAAGUUUAGACGAGGAUGGCGUGGGCUUUGUAACUCUGAGAGGACCACGGUAUGUGGUGCAGACUUCAUGUUGUUGGCCUUGCAGCUUUCCGUGGCGGAGAUCAACAAGCAGCGGUCUGGAGAAUUCACAGCCUCUCUCAGUGAUGUUUUGGCGACUUGGAAGUUCUUACUACAUGAGAAACUAGACCUGCCCUACGAAGACGUGAAAGUACUUGAACAUUAUGGAAAAAUAAAGAAGACUUAUGAUGAUUUUUUGGAGAACAGCAAUAUGCUGGAUCUGAUUGAUGUGUACCAGAAGUGUAGUUUGCUAGCUUCUGAAUGUGAAAAUGAAGAAAUGUCUCCUAUUCAACUGUUGGAUUUUAUUUCUGGAUUGUCUUGUGGAUCAGAGGCUAAUACUAAUGCUUAUGUUAUGUCAUCACCAAGCACCACACACAACCAGGACCAUAUAAAGGUGCAAUUAGCGGUGAAGAAACUUAUCUUUGCCUAUUUAAGCCUCUUGGUGAAUUCAAGGAAUGACUUAGCCUUGGCUCAGAUUCUCAACUUUCCUGAUAGAGGCCUCGGUAGAGAGGCCUUCACGGACCUGAAACACGCUGCUCAGCAGAAACACAUGUCUAUCUUCCUGGUGGCAACGUCCUUUAUUCGAACAAUAGAACUUGGAGGGAAAGGUUAUGCCCCUGUACAGUCUGACCCUUUGCGGACACAUGUAAAGGGACUUUUAAAUUUUGUACAUUUCAUUGAUAAACUGGAAGAAAUUCUAGGAGAAAUUCCAAAUCCAAGAAUUGCAGGAAAUCGAAUACUAUCGAUAAUCAAAAUGCAGUUGAUUAAGGGGAGAAGUCCUGGUGAUCCGUUCUGCUUAGCAGUAGAGGAAGCUGUUCAAGAUUUGGAUUUGAAGAUUGAAAAUAUUGUUAAUUCUCAACAAGAAGACAUGUUGAGCACUUGUGGAAUUAGUCCAGCACGGCCAAAACCACACGCUAUAAACCACGGCACGGCAUACUGUGGUAGAGAUACUGUGAAGGUUUUACUAGUCCUUCUGGAUAAAGAAGCAGCCAGUCCUCCCACCAAAAAUAAAGCUGAACUUUUACACGGUGCUGAAAAUGUAACUUCAUGCUCUGAUAUCUCCAUCUUGACACUUUUCACAUCUCCCGUACAGUCGAGUGGGUCAUCUCUGAAGCCUCUGAGAGAACGUGUUCAAAAGACAAUAGAGAAAGAGAAAAAAGCUAAGUUAAAACAGACUUUAAUUAAGUCACAAUUUGCCUGCACCUAUAAAGAAGACUUGAUGACCAAGAAGAAUGAUAAAUUUGGAAGUAUGAAUCAGUUGCCGACUUCCAUUUACCAAGGAUCAGAACAAGAGUUUUCUCUUGGCUUGGAAAAUGUCCCUCUAUCUGGUGUGAACUCAACUGUUGAAAAAGCGUCACUUGGAAUGAGUUGUGGAAAUGUUGAUCUGAACAGACGUAAAAGGGAAAAAGUAACUAUAAAAUCAAGUUGUCAGUCGCUACACAAGAACUCAAAAGGGGAACAGGUGGAUUUAAAUAGUGAAAACACUUGCUGUGAUAAUGACAAUAAGCCACCUCAAUGUAAUGUCGUUAAGAGAUCUAAAACAUCAAGCAACCCACUGGAUAAACUGUACGGCAAACCAGCUGAAGCAGCAAAAGGCAAGAAACCUACAGCCAGGAAGAAAUUGAUUACUGGCCAGGCAAAGAUAACUUCCUUUUUUAGACUCUAAAUUUUCUCCUGCCUUCCCCAUCCCUACCACAUAUUAAAAUACGAUGCACCUUUGAAAGUUUCAAGUAUAAAGUUCACAGAUCACUUUUACUCUGUUAAAAUUGAAUGGAAAAAAGAAGUCUAUUUUGUUAACUAUCAGUCAAAUAUACCAGGAAGUCAGGGUUGUGCAGAAUUUAUUUUAAUGUACGACAAGACUGUUACAUUUUGAUCACCUAAAGAACAUCUUAAUCAUUUGGUUCAAAAUACAUUAGUUUACUGAGUACACAUCUAUGACAAUACCAAAAUCACAGUAACAUGAGGAUUUCAUUUCACUGGCCACCCCAGGAUUUUGUUUUCUUCAGAGAAGAUGGUAUGGACCAACAGGUAUCAGAUUUGCCAACAAGGUCGGUAGACUCUUCCCAGCAUGCACCUGAGCACUGAAUUGAAAGAAACAAAAACUACCAAAGUUUAAAUUGUUAAAUGGAUUUUACUCUGAUUCUACAGAUUUUCACUCUUCUCAAAGUGAAAUGGCAUGAUUCUAAAUGAAGCAAAAUAUUUAAUAAUUUAAAAGUUUAAUAUUAACAUGGUCUGUAUUUCACUUUAAAUCCUUGUCAGAAUUCUAUUUAAGCUUAUUGUGAUUUUGUUUUUCAUUAUUGUGUACAUUAAAGAUUCAUUGGAAGCAUUAUAUUUGAAAUAAAAUCUAGAUGGAAAAAAA